AUGAAGAGUAUAUGCGCUUUACCCAGUAUUUCAUCUGCUGCUUAUCGUACACCACUAUUACCACCAUCUCGUUCCAGUUAUCUCUCUGAUUUUAACCAUCUUAAUAAUGGUAAUUCGGUUGCACCAUCACCCUGUAGUCGCCGAAUACAUUCAAUGCAACGCAAGCCUCCAUUAGAAGCAGAUACGAAUUUCCAUAAGCAACAAGCUCAAGCUCGAAUAAAUGUCGCCAGGGUUAAAUUUUCAUUACUGAUACUAGCGCUAAUGUCCAUCUUAUCAAUCCUUUUCGCAUUCACAUCACUCUUGAGCUUGCUUUCUAUUCAAUGGAGAACGACUACAACGGAAUCAUCGGACAUAGCCGCCGACAAUUCACUGAUGGUGCGUAACGCGAUGUAUGAAAUUGCCAGUUCAUUAUCCAUGAUCGCCGUGACAACAUCUAUUUCCACCUUCCUUCUAUCUACCUUGCAGCUUUUUUUCGCCCUCAAAAUGCUAAAAACAAAUCCGACAUCUAUUAGAAGGGUACUAUCAUUUUUAAGUGGUGGACGUCUUCUACGUUGUAUUGUUUAUGCAGCGUGGUUUUUUGCGGUACUUUUCUUUAUCACCGGUAGCAUAUUACAAUGGAUGCUCUUACCAGGACGAGUUGGUACCAUAUCACGAGGUGUUGGCGCAGCAUUUGGUAUUGCGUCAACUGCGCUUUGCACUGCAGGUCUCAUACACUGCAUUUACGCAUGGUGCUGCAAUGAUGAUAAAGAAAUCCAAGAAAGCUAUAUGAAUGGUAAUUUGUCAACAUUAGUGUAGUAUGACACGUAAUUAUAUUAUUUUUUUACCAAUUCGGG